AUGGAAACUCCAACGCGAAUGGGUUCAGAAAUGUCAUGGCUACAGGAUGCGUCGCCGAUGACUGCCACCCCUCAAGCACCAUAUAGAUUACGAUCCCAGACUCCAGAGACUGAUUCCUCCUCCAUCGUGAACCCAUCUUCCGCCCUGUUACAAGAUUUGUUGAAGGAGCAGCGUGCAACCCGGGGAUCUCGCACAGCUGGACCGGAGGAACUAGCAGAUUGCACACCGCGCACUCCGGAGUGGUGUCGUUCACAGUCUCAAUCGCGCUCUCAAUCUCAAUCUCAGUCCCAGGAAGAUCGCAGCCCGGAGAGAAAAGAGAAGGGAAAGAUGUCAAUGUCAGCGAGUCCAAGACAGCCGAAGGAGAUGGGGGUCAGAGAAACAGACCAGGUAGAUGCUUUUUUGUUUGCUUCCUCCUACAUUUCCAAAAUUAGUAAACAAAACUUCGAUCUUAAACUGGAGAUCUUCCACCGCGUGCAGCAAAUAUCAGCGCUUGAGAAGAAAUUCGAGCGAAUGCGGGAACUAGAGGAAGAACUACAGCGCAUGCGUGGUUUGGAGGACGAGGUGCAAGAACUCCGAGCAGCCGAAGAAGAUAAUCAACGACUACGAGAAUCCAAUGAGCAACUGCGACAAGAAAUCGACAAGCGAGAUCAGGCUGUCACAGAGGCUGUGGAGUUAAUCUGCGAGCUUGAGGCAAAGGUGGAGGCGCUGGAGAUGGGUGGAGAUCUUUCACGGCCUGCCACUACUUGUCCCCAGAUCGCCGAUGAAUCCGGCGUUGCUACACCUAGGAAUGCUUCUACACCUGAUAUCCCAGAGCGAACGUCGUCUAAGCGAGGGACAAUGCUUGCUGAGCGCCGUCGUGUGUCUUCUGGAUCCCGCCGCCUUCAACGAGCGCCUUCGUUCCUCCUUGAGGAGAGCAAGAGCACUGCAGCAUUGCGAAGUCUUUACGUCCAGGCAGAAGAUGAGCCUGUCUCUCCAGUGAUGGCAAUCGCGAAAUCUGAAAGCAUGAAUUCCAUGACUGACAUGACUGAACCAGAGUCACCAAGACUCAGCGCGCUGAGUGAAUGCAGCGAACUGAAUGUCUAUGAUAGCCCGGCCGGCCUAGAUGAAUUCGACCAGAUUGACAUUCCUGUCCGGCAGAGGGACACGAGUGGUGAACUAUCCAAUCUUUCCUCCCCUACACUAGGGAAUCCGGAUCGAGAUUUGGUGCGAAUCGACCAUUGGAUCCAGCCGCAGACGGAAGCUGCCCGCACUGCGGAUACGCCAACGGGGAAGAAUCGCCGUCUAUCAGAUGUAUUUGAAGAUACUGGCAAAUCAUAUUUCGACCGCGGACUAUCCCACGGCCCCACCCACAAGAACAAGCCGGAGAACCUAUUCGGUGGCGCACGACUUCCUCCGACUCCAGACACUAUGAGUACUGCGUACGCAGGAUGGGCAAACCGAUCAUCGAGUAGCACGGUUGCGGAUAACUGCCAAAUUGACCUAAAACGAGGGGUUUCCCGAGCCCGCUCUGCGGACGAACUAACAACCCGGAGAAGCUCCAUCAAUAGUGAGCCGAGCGAGAGUUUGGAUCCAAAUUUUAGCGAGGCUACGCAUACACGCGCUAGCUUGGAUGAACGAGACGAAGAAGACCCUGCAAUAUUCACGCUCAACAGCAUUCAACCGCGCUACGGAUAUUCUGCGAACCAUGGACUGUUCCAUGGAGACUUUGACAAGGUGCUUUCCAGAAUGGAAGCAGACUAUUACUCUCCGUCCAAACGGACGUAUCGUGACAGACCAUCGAGUCCAGGGUCCUCUCCUCCAUCUCUCACGGCCGAAGACUGGAUCGAAGCGGCCCGUCCCGGGACUCGGGCCCGGACGGGGCCCCUGCCUGUUAAUUCUAGGCUUGUAGGAGCACGAGCGCCUAGCCAAUCCUCGUUCCUUGGUCGUAGACAUAGUAUCGAUUCCGCAGUCCGUGAACCCGAUCUCCCCAUCAUUCAAACCCUCAACCCCCGGGCUCUGGAGGGCUCGCCACGGACGGAGCCGGAGCCGGAGCCUCGGCGGAGAAUCAGUCUCCUCCCGCCGUUUUUCACUCGCUCCGGUACCUCAAGACGUCUCCACCCGGCGCCUAUGUCUGAUCCUGUCGAUAAAGACGAUGGCGCCCCAUCGCCCGUCAUUCGAAAGACGAGGAAUCCGCCGUCGAAGCCGUCGCGUCCGCCAUCCAGACACGGAGAAUUUUGCGCAUCCGGACCGACGUACGCGGACCAUAGAGAAGAUCCUAUGUCCCGUUCCUUUACCGAGGCCAACUUCCUUGGUAGUACUGGCGCGAAUUCAACCACUAGGCCCUCAACCGCAAAUGGCAAAGAACACAAGCGCCGGGGCUCUCUGGGCAUUUUUGGGUGGAUGAAAGGCGCCGGCGUCGGACUGGGUUCCCUCAAAAAGUCCGAUACAGCGCCUAUUCUCAGCGAUUGUCCCUUGACGCCCACAUCUUCUUCCGCAAUCACAGCCGUACGUGCCUCCUCUCGCCUGACAACGCACGAAAACACAACCCUCACCCCGGAGACCACACUACCGGUCGACCCCGUGAUCGAGGACUUUGCAAAACGGACUAGACAUCCGACUCGGAUGGACGAGCCCGCGGACGAACAGGGCCGGCGUCCGAGAUACAUGGAACGACGGUCCCGACGGCCUUGA